ACUCGCAGCUCUUUCUCUUCACGGUGGAUUUGUCUGUCGGUUUCGGAUAAAGGAGAGGAAACUUUUACUUGUGGUUUUCUUUAUUUUGCCAGGAUGAUGUCUGUGGAGAUGCUGUGCGCGUGUAGUGUGCUGCAGGACUGCGCGGAUCAGCUGGCAGUGAUGGGGAACAUCAUAGGAGCGAACACUGUGAAAACAAAGGAGCGGACAGCAUCUGACAACAGCUCAACUGAGGACUGUGAGCAAAGAUUUACACCACUCUCUAAAAAACUUAGUAUUCAGGAGAGAAAACGUGCUCCUGAAAGGGCCAAAGUGCAGAAAGACUGGCAGUUUGCGUCAGAUGUGAUAAAUGGGCUGUUGGUUGAGCUGAAGGAGAAGAACACAUGUCACAGUCUCUUUUCUGUAAUAGAAGAGGAGCGAAAGAAGAAAGCCCAGCUUCUGAACAUAAAUUGCAGGGAGGAAGAGAGCCGUCUCAGGGUUGAAGAACUGCAAAAAAAGUUACUUGACAUUAAGAUGGAAAGAAACGAGGAGCGUGAGAGGCUUGAAAAGGAGAUUGCGUACCUGAAGGACCAGUUAGACACCAUCGGUGUGAAGUCAAACCGACAAAGGAAAUUUGUGAAAAGCUGUGCUGAACAGCUGGUCUGCCAGGAACAGAAUCUCAACAGGCACAAAGAGAAGGAACUGGAAGAUGAAGUCACGAUGCUUCAAAAGAAAACCGAGGAGGAAAGGAAGGUUCACAAGGCGAUGGAGGCCUUUCUAGAACGACAGCAUGCAGACUUACAGAAGAAGUUACACUAUUGGAAGCAGCGUUAUGAGAAAGACAUGAAUACGAAGAAGCAAGAGAUCACUGAGCUACAGACUAAAAGAAACGUUAUCCGGGAACGAAUUCAGGAGCUGUCCGUGAAGUGCAAACACAUGGAGGAGGUGAUCAUUGAGGACAGGAUGAUGAAGGAACGUUUGCGUGCGCAGCUGGAGAAGGAGCAGAGGGAGGGCGAUGCAGCAACUAGGAUCCAGGCCUGGUGGCGGGGGAUUCUUGUACGCAGAGGACUACGUUCUCCUAAGAAAGCAGAUAAAUCCAAGUCUAAAGCUGGCAAAAAGCCAAAAAAGGCAAAAAAAAAUAAGAAAUAA